UUCAUAACUGAAGAAUUGUAUAUACAUAUAUAUAUAUAUAUAUAUAUAUCUUGCCCAUAUACAAUCCAAAUAAAAUGCAGUGGCAAAUAGACAUACUGAUGAUGGCAUUUCCACCAUGUGUUCUGAUGGUGUUAGAAUCUGCCCUUGGCUGGUACCAGGGGCGGAUAAGUCACUAUGAUAAACAGUCAUGGGAAAUAACUGUUGAGCAGAGAAUUCUUCAGGGUUUAUCAUAUACUCCACGUAAAACAGCCAAACUCAAAACGGAACUGAUUGAUGUUGACUUAGUAAGAGGAUCAACAUUUCCAAAGGCAAAACCACAGUCGGGAAUAUGGCUGGCGGGUUUACACGGAAUAUCUCGCAUAAUACUCUUGCCACUUUACGCGUCAUGGUGGAUUCGAGAGACUUCUUGCACAGGCUUCUUUGUGGUCUUGUCAGUGUACAGCUCAAUACUCAUGUCUGGAAUCAUCAUGUUUUGCUGUAGGAACGAUGAAGUGCUUCUUAAGGACAUUCCAGCAUCAGAGGUACUGCUACCAUGUGUAGUGAUUUUGGUUUUAAGUGUGAUUCACUCUCAAAUCGUUUGUACACGCCAUACGGGAAUAUCAUCCCCGAAUCACAGCCGAGGAACAGUUGGUAUAAGACAUGGGAGAAGGAUGAGGUCCCUACGAAGAAGUGUCUCACUGAAGGGACGAGGUAAAUGUGCUUGUAGCAGUACUAGGCGUGAUACUACAAGAUUAUCUGUUAAUCCACCUAAGAAACACAAUAGGUCACCAUUUAAAACAUUCAGAUCUCAUUCGGAGGAGCCAAAGCAUGAAGAGGUAUAUCCUUUACGUCCACGUUCAGCCUCUGAAAACAAUGUUGCCCCCUGUGUCGACUCAAAAGGCAAACCGAGCAUUAUAAUUUUUUCGUCAGGCUCCUCUCAGAAUGUCAAGGCAGAGGAACAGUCCAGUUCUUCUGCCACUACCUCUUCCAGCGAUAGGAGUCCAGUGGCGGGCAUUGUGGAAAGCAAGGGGGAGAUAUUCAUCGAUCAGCUGAAAAAAAAGAGGCUACAAGAAUUUUGUCCAGCGGAUAACGGUAUUGAUGAUGGGCCUGACGUGAAUAUUCCCCUGGAUGGAGGUGAUGGGAGACCGUUUGGGGGUAAAGAGGUACAAGUUGAUGGCAGCAGGACUGAGAGUUGCUUGUCGAAAGGCAAAUGUGAGGGAAAGAAUAGUCUGCUGCGAACCCCUGGCAUUGAGGACAUUGCACCAAGUAUACACCUUAAGCUUCCCAGUGAGAGACCAGAUGUUGAUGGGGGUAGCGAUGGAGGAGAGGAAAGUGGUAUGGGGGACUUUGAAGGCCCAACUACUGAUACUGACAGCUGGAACAUGAAGAAGACUGCAAGGCGCUCUUGGUGUUCUUGUUCUUGUGGGAAGCCAUCUGAUACCAGUGCUAGCCACCCCAGCCGCCGUUCCCCUCACAAGCUCCUACCAGUGGCUGUUGAGAGAAGCUCUUGCAACUCCUCUUGUGAAAGCGAUGCGGAACAAAGCCCAUCCCCACAGUAUACGAAGGCUAAGCAUAGCGAGUAUGAAUGGAUGGGCAUAACAACAAACAGUGAUGAUUUGAGCUACAGCAGUGAGAGUGACGGCGGUUGGGAUGACAACGAAGAGUCAGACCAGACUUUCUUGAGGUCGGAGGCAUUGGACUGGAACAUUCAGGGUUCACCGGCUGCAAUUAUAACCUCGGCUCCGAACGUAUCUGACAAAGUCAGCUGCAAAAUAUGGGAAGAAGCUGAGGUGAAGAAAGUUGACCUCUCUGUCCUAGACAUCUCUUCAGCCGUUAUAUCGAAGGUGGAUAGUUUACAUCACACGACGCAUUAUCUUCAGUUUGGACUAACCAUUGCCAUAGUGAUAGCUUUGGUACCAAGCAUAUACAGAGUUGACUAUUCUGCUCUUGGAAAUUUCUUGGACACUGUGGUUACUUCUGACUCUCAGGAUUGGAUCCCAGCAUUUAAGGAAUUGUUGGAGAAAUUAUUCACAGGACUACUUGGUGGGAAUAUGUGGUCUUCGAUUGUAAUUCUGUUGAGCUCUGUUAAUAGACUCUGCCUGGCUGGAGGAUUUUUUUUCCUACUGUCCGUAGCAGAGAGAACUUUCAAGCAGAUUUCUCUAUGCCAAACACUUUGCUAUCUAUUCCGGAGCUGUAAGACUCUGUGCUUUUAUUUUUCUUUGCUUUUGCUGCAACAGAAACGAGGCCCACAGCGCUCAGUGGAUGUCAUUGUUUCUGCCACUUUCUUCAUUACUUUGCUGCUUGUGUCAUAUCUUUGCUUUGAACUGCUAAAGGAAGAUGAUAAGUCACAGCACACACUGUACAAUUGCGAACUUUUCUUCUGGUGUUUUGCAAUUGGCAUCUACCUAAUCCGCUUCAUGACGUUGGGAGCAAUGAUCAACAAGAAGUACUCUAGCUUAUCAGUACUCAUAACUGAGCAGAUCAAUAUGUAUUUACACAUGGAGCAAAAACCCCAGAAAAAAGAUGAACUCAUGUUAGCAAACAAUGUUCUAAAAUUGGUCUCUGUCCUGCUGAAGGAACUGGAAAGUCCAUUUAAAAUUUCUGGACUCUCAGCAAAUCCCCUGCUCUACAACAUAACCCGCUUGGUUGUCCUCUCAGCUUGCUCUGGCGUUCUCUCAGACCUCUUGGGUUUCAAACUCAAACUUCACAAAAUUAAGUUUAAGGAGUGAACCUGUGCUUUCUGAUUGAAAGAAAAAUAAGAGAGGUGUCAAUCAUAUAACCAAUAGAUGUAAUUGAUAUAAUUACAGUACUUAUAUGUAGAUCUAACUAAUGGUAAUUUGCUUUAAUCUAUUAAGUAGCUUUGAGCGUAUGUAAAUGACAUAUCCAGUGUGCUGCCUUUUACAGUGACAGCAAUUUCUAAGGUCUCAUUUAGAUUUUAGAUGAAUUAUGACCAAUUCACCCAAUUGUAAUAUUUCUAAAAUUGACAAUUUCAAAAUAGUGUUCAUUUUUUUCAUAUGUAAAUGUGAUAUGGUUAGAUACUUCAUUUUACAUUAGGAAGUUAGUUAGAGUAUUCCAUGACGAUAGGAUUUUACAAGAAAGAGAGAGAGAGAAAGAGAAGACAGGAGAGGAAAUAACUCAAUGUGAUAAUAAAAGGUCGUGAUGAAUAUCUUAUAAGUUUUAGAAGAGAGUGAGAAUAUGAGAGUAUUUUGAAUUUAUGUAAAGUUCAAAAAUUAAAAACAUUUUAAGGCA